GCGGGGCGUAAACAUACCUGAGCGGAGACGUUGGGCAGGUAUUCAGGAGGUCCAACAUCAAACACACCAAACUGAAGGGUGAUGCUUGAGUAGUUUGUAGUAUAAUGAGCGAGCUGCAGCAUCCAGUAUCGUCCUGGUCCGUGGAAGAGGUGUUGGAGUGGAUUCAGAAACAGCAUCCAGGACUCAUGGAGACUCUCUACAAAGGCAUCAUCAAACACGACAUAUCAGGCCGAGCUUUACUGAGACUAAGGGAGCAUCACCUGCAGCUUCUCGGGGUGGCGGAUGACGAGCAGCAGCAGGAAAUAUUGCAGAACCUUCUGCUUCUCAGAGUUCAGGAAGAAAUCAAUGAACUCAAUGACAUCUGCUCAGACUGUUUUUCUCCAUAAAGACGGUGAAACGACAGAAAGAUACCAGCUGGGUUUUUUAUUUCCCGUCUGUCCAUUCAUCUGCGCGAAGGAGAUUGAAAGGUGGCAGUGAUGGAAAUAACAAGAGAAGGUGAACAGAAAGGAGGAUCGAUGGGGAAGAGAAGAGAGAGAGAGAAACCCAUUUCCUGUGUGAAAUUUGACCCUCGCAGAUGGAUGAGAUUAGUUUUUGUCUGGUUGUCUUUUUUUUUUUUAUCCCUAUUGUCCAUUUGUCUCCGUCCUUUUCCUCUGUCUGUAUUCUGUUUAACCAUACCAGUAUCAAAUAUCCGGCAAAUCUGUAUUAAAUAACACUCCCAGAAUGCUCUUGUGGUUCCUGCAAGAACUGCAAAAAAAGGGAUUUCAGGCCUAGAAAAGCAUUUUGUUUGCUGAUAUAUAUUUUUUUACAUAAUUGUAAGCGUUGUGUCUAUGUGCUCAUUUCAUGUAUAAAUUAUUUAUACAGUAUGAACAUGUCAACAUUUUGUCAUAUUAAAACCCUUUCAUUUAGGUUCAAAAUCUAAAAUAGCAGAAGAUCGUACACACAACUAAACGUGGCUCAAAUGUUUUACAGUGUACCACUUCCUGUUGCCUUCUUUGUCUUUUUUUACCAGUAAUAACAUCCAGUAAUGUUGCAUUUUUGCGAAAUGAACUAAUUUCCAUACAGUGACAAAAAGCCUCUUCAUCCUAACACAAAAACUUUAUCAUAAAACAUGAGUUUUAUUCAGAAUUGUUAUGUUUCCGUUUAUUUUUGCAACUCCAGUUUGCACAUUUGUAUGUUGGAUGAAAACGCAGCUCAUUUAAUUGUUUUAUUUCUCGUCCAUCCAUUCUUUAUUUUAGGAUUUUUUUAUUCUUAUUGCUAAAAAAACAUUAAUUUGUACUAAAGGUUCAAUGAAAAAGUAGGUCACGACAUUUUCUUUGUGUUUGUAGGGUUCAGUUUGAGCUAAAGUCUGAAGGUUUUCAUCGUACUUGGAAACAUUUAUUGUAAAGCUAAAGACAAAAAAUCUGAAUAUUUAAUAAAGAAUUUGCUAUUU